GUCAUGACAUCGGGAGCCUGUCAUUUCUCAGCUUCUCCACUGAACCACAGCCCGCAAAGCAAAUGGCGACCUUAGGAUCUGCCUGUCGAGUCCCGCUCGGACUCACUUGUCGCCGCUCUCUGCGCACAAUUGCUGCGAAUCAGCGUCGAUUUGUCCAGCACCAAUGGCGGGGCUUUGCGGCGUCCAUUGACAGCGACCACAAGCUGCUCUCUGCGGACCUCGAAGAUGCAGAUGCCACCGUCUUUCAGAUCAUUGAGAAGGAGAAAAAUAGACAGAAACACUUCAUAAACCUCAUUCCCUCGGAGAACUUCACAUCGCAGGCUGUGCUCGAUGCCCUCGGCAGUGUUAUGCAAAACAAGUACUCGGAAGGCUACCCAGGGGCGCGAUACUAUGGAGGAAACGAGUUCAUUGAUGAGGCCGAAAGGCUCUGCCAACAGAGGGCGCUCAGGACGUUUGGCCUGAGCGAAUCAGAGUGGGGAGUCAACGUCCAACCACUCUCCGGCUCGCCUGCCAAUCUAUACGCAUAUUCCGCAGUCCUGAACUGCCACGACAGAAUACUCAGUCUCGAUCUUCCCCACGGUGGCCACCUCUCGCACGGCUACCAAACACCUACAAAAAAGAUAUCUGCGGUCUCUAAAUACUUCGAAACGCUUCCGUAUAGAUUAGACGAGAAAACUGGUUUGAUUGACUACGUUAAGAUGGAGGAGUUGGCGACUCUGUACCGACCCAAGAUCAUUGUUGCGGGAACAUCUGCGUAUAGCCGGCUGAUCGAGUACGAGAGAAUGCGGAAGAUCGCAGAAAACGUAGGCGCAUACCUCUUGGCGGAUAUGGCGCACAUAUCCGGCCUAGUUGCUGCAGGCGUUAUUCCUUCGCCGUUCCCGCAUUCAGACAUUGUGACAACAACGACCCACAAAUCUCUAAGAGGCCCGCGCGGCGCCAUGAUAUUCUAUCGCAAGGGUGUCAGACGAGUGGACAAAAAGGGUGGAGAAGAGAAGUAUGAUCUUGAAGGUCCUAUCAACGCUUCUGUUUUUCCGGGACAUCAGGGCGGGCCGCAUAACCACACAAUUACAGCUUUGGCAGUAGCCUUGCAGCAAGCUCAAACCAAGGAGUUCCGAGCAUAUCAGCAAACAGUACUAGAAAAUGCAAAAGCACUAGCGGAGCGACUAGGUAAUCCUAAGGAGAAAAGCGGUCUUGGAUACAAUAUCGUCAGUGGCGGGACCGACAACCACCUAGUACUCGUGGACUUGAAGGAUAAAGGUGUGGAUGGUGCACGUGUCGAGCGUGUCCUGGAACUUGUUGGAGUGGCAAGCAAUAAGAACACAGUCCCAGGAGACAAGUCGGCAAUGAAGCCAGGUGGCCUGCGGAUGGGGACUCCCGCUAUGACUACACGCGGCUUCCAACCAGAUGACUUUAGAAGGGUUGCAGACGUCGUCCAUCGUGCUGUCUCCAUUACCCAGAAGGUGGACAAAGAUGCCAAAGCCAAGGCCGAACAAACAGGUAGAAAGAAUACAGGAAGCGUAGCAGCUUUCAAGGAAUACUUAGGUGAAGGAGAUGACGUAACAGAUAUUGUCCAGCUACGGAAGGAGGUCGAAGACUGGGUUGGCACUUUCAGCCUGCCAUGGACCAAGAACGGGUCGUGAGUUUGAUGUAGAAGCCUGGUGACCAAUACAGUUCAUUGUGCAGACAAUUUCAGCAUCUUCAGGAGUAUUGCUGCUCCCCACAUCAUCAAUGAGGGGCAGGUCUAGAGCAAUAUCGAGCCCGAUAUAGCUUAAGUUUUGUAUAUAUUCACCUUAGUUCUCCCUCCGUCCAUCUCCUCAUGCGAACGAUGAUCAAAAGAGGAUUAAAUUCC